AAUUACAAAACUAAAUUGUUGAAUACAAAGUGAAAUUAAAAAUGUCUCCCAGAAAGCGAAAAAAUGUUAAACAAACCAAAAUUACUAAUAUAAAACGAAUUAAGACAAAAAAAACACAAACUAGUCCAAAACCAAAGGAGGAUAUAAGUCUGCAAGAAAAACCCCGUGAAGAAUUAAAAACUCGAUCAGUCUUUCCAGUCACGAUCGACGAGUUCAUUGAAAAUACAAACAUAAUCGAAGUAAUUAAAGAUUAUAUUAAAGAUAAAUAUUCAACAGCCUUAGAAACAUAUCUCACGGCACCAGAAAUCAUGAGCAGGGUAAAAAAUACAUAUAACGUUUUUUACAAAAGACCACAACGACGAUGUAUGGCACCAAUGAAAUAUGUUCGCAUCACUAGUGACUGUGAUGAAAAUACAAAACAACGUUUGUUUAAAAUUCCAGAAUAUUAUAAACAUUUGUGUGAAAAUAAAGAUAAUGAACAUCAAAGCGUAAAAAAAAGUUUAAAGAAACAAGAUAGUUCUCCAAAUAAAAAUAUAAAUAGCAUUACCGAUAAAAAGAUAUUAGAAGAAAAGAUCCUGGGACUAAAGAGUAUUAUAUCAAAUUUUGAUGUUAACAACAAAGAAACAAAUGAAAAAGAGUGCAACCUUCCAGUCAGUUUUGAAACGUUUAAAAGGUUCACUUUUCACAAUGAUGUUAUUGAUAACAUUUGCCAAAGCAUAAAGGAGUUGGAGUAUGAGUUGCCAAUUUCAAAUAUAUCAAAAGAAGAAUUAUUUGAUAAUAAUAAAUUACUUCGGAGUUACUACAAAACAUUUUACAUGCAAACGGUUAUUCGGACAAUAUUUCCAUUGAAAAUAAAACCAUGUCCAGGACGUUUAAAGGACAAACUUUUGAAAUAUCCAGAAAUUACGUCAGAUCAUGAAGAGCCUACAGUAAGUAAUAGAGAUGUUAUAAAAUCUAAUACGAAGGAACAUUUAAAUAAGAAAACAAAAUUAGGAAGCAGGAAAGAAGAUAAAAAUAUGGAAAAAUGUUCAUUAGCGUUAGAAAUUAAGGCAUCCAAAGAUAAUGAUCUACAUCAUAGUUAUAUGGAUGAAAAAACUUCAAACGAAAAAAUUCAAGUAUUACGAAGAUUGAAAAGUUUUAUUUUACCUAACUUCGAUGACAAGAAUGCAGAGCUACAAAAGCAUAAUCCUCCUGUUAGUUUAGAAAUAUUUAAAAAGUAUACCUUGUAUAAUGAGGUUAUUGAUCAAAUAUAUCAAGAUAUGAUACACACAGAUUGUUCGUUAAUAAUCCUUAAACCCUCAGAAGAAAAAUUUUUGAAUCGUGAUCGCUUGCUUCAAAGCUAUUAUAAAGCAUUUUAUUUUCAACCCAACAUUAGAAAGUUAUAUCGCUUAAGAGUUAAACCAUGUCCGGCACAUCUAAAGGCAAAACUUUUAUCACUUCCCAAAAAAAUGUAUAAUGCUGUUUCAGAAAAUGAUUCUACGACAAGUAGUGAAAAUAACGAAAAUGUUGAUCAUAACAUAAUUACAUCAGUGGUGGCACCAUUUAACAAGAAAACUAAAUUAAAUCAAACAUUACAAAAUAAAGCUGUCAAAGAGAAUACUGAACGAAAUUCUAAACUACAUGAAAGCAAGUUUCAAACAAAAACAACAAAAACUCCUGAAUCAAUUUCACCCGCAAAGGUUCUCUUAUGGAAACAAGAUUAUCCUAAUGAGACUAAACAAACAAGUGCAACUUGCAUAAUGGAACCAAUUAUUUCUGAUGUUAUGGAGAAUGAAGUCGUUAAGGAUUCAGCGGAAUAUCAUUUAGUUCCAUGCCCUUCAAAUUUACGUGCAAAACUUGGAAACUUAGCGGUAAAAAACAACGCCGUGGUGUUACCAAAAGGGCCUCAAUUGACAACUAAAUACGACGAUUCAAAGUUCUCACUGAAAUUUCAAGAUUUCCUAAUGGGUACAAAUGUUUUAGAUCUUCUGAUAAAAACGUACAAUACUACUGAUGAUGAUUUAGUGAAUAUAGCAUUCGAAUAUUACAUCAAAUUUGUUACUAAUCCUGUUAAUUCAAAUGUGCAACUAUUUAAAAAUUUGAUGAUUCAUGCAAGUAAAAAUUUAGUAAAUAAAUUUUAUACUGUGUAUAAUCGGAAUAAAGAAGACACAUUUAAACAAGUAAAGGCU